GGGUUCUCAAGCCUCCCGGCGUCCAUUUAGUGGCGGGAAAAGCGACUUCUCAGCGGCGUUUUCCUGCCGAGUGGUAGCCUUUCCCCUCAACCAGCAAUGGAGGAGCAGCCCCAGAAGCAAGCCGCCGAUCAGCCCGCGGACUCCGGAGGGGAAGGCGGGGCAGGCGGGCCCUCGCAGGUCGCCGGCGCCCAGGCGGCGCGCAGCGAGGACCGCAUGACCCUGCUGCUCAGGCUGAGAGCACAGACGAAACAACAACUCUUAGAAUAUAAAUCAAUCCUUGAUGCAAGUGAAGAAAAAACUCCAGAACAAAUUAUGCAAGAAAAGCAAAUCGAAGCUAAAAUUGAAGAACUGGAAAAUGAAAUUGAAGAGGCGAAAAUUGCUUUUGAGAUAAAACAGCUUGCAAUUGACAGGAUAAGACUUUCAACUGCACUUAAAAAAAACCUGGAGAAAAUUAGCACAGAGUCUAGCGUGCUCAUGGAUAACAUGAAACACCUAUUAAAGCUAAAUAAAUUAGUAAUGAAAUUACAGCAGGAAUCUUGGGAUUUAGAGGAAAAACUGCUUGAUAUUAGAAAGAAGAGAUUGCAAUUAAAACAAGCUUCAGAAAGUAAGCUUUUAGAAAUACAGACUGAAAAGAACAAACAGAAGAUUGAUUUGGACGGUAUGGAAAACUCAGAGAGGAUAAAGAUCAUACGACAAAACCUACAGAUGGAGAUAAAAAUUACUACAGUUAUUCAACAUGUGUUCCAGAACCUUAUUUUGGGGAGUAAAGUCAAUUGGGCAGAGGAUUCUGCCCUUAAGGAAAUUGUUCUGCAGCUUGAGAAGAAUGUCGACAUGAUCUAAUAAGAAUUCAUUUCUGACAUAGUUUACAUUUCUGGCAGUCCCAACUCUUAUUUGGAAUAUUUUUGUGCAUUUGUUUGUCAACUGUAAUUUUAGAAUAUCCACAGUGUUUACAGUUGUGGUUAGUUAUUUGUAGUGGGAUUGAAAAAAGUGACUUUUUAAAAUAUAUAUAUUUAUAUUUAGUUUGCUUUUUUUUUUUUUUGAGACAGAGUCUAGCUCCACUGCCCAGACUAGAGUGCAGUGGUGUGAUCUUGGCUCACUGCUACCUCUGCCUCCUGGGUUCAAGCAAUUCUCCUGCUUCAGCCUCCUGAGUAACUGUGACUAAAGGUGCACACUGCCAUACCUGGCUAAUUUUUUGUAUUUUAGUAGAGACGGGGUUUCAUUGUGUUGCCAGGCUGGUCUCAAACUCCUGAGCUCAGGUAUUCCACUGCCUUGGCCUCCCAAAGUAGUAGGAUUACAGGCAUGAGCCACCGCACCCUACCUAGUUUGCAUUUUUGGUAUCAGUUAUAUAAGUUAGGACAUAAAAGGAAUUCAUGUUA